ACUAAGGCGAGAAUAAUAUACACAAAUAAGACCUAUGUUCGGAUGACAGCUUUAAAACAACUCGGAAAACGGUUUUAGCAUCGGACUUAUUUUUGCUUCGGGCUUUGGCGAAGGACUACGGUGGUGCAAGUGAAAGCAAGCAGCGUCCUGGAUUUGAAAUCGCUCUCGGCAUUAGCUAGCUAACUUCGUUAGCCUUCAACUGGCAGACUUCACAGCAACAACAUUGUUUGCUAUGUAGCUUAGCCGCAACUCCUGCAACUAAAGCAACUUUAGGCUUUCGGGUUGAUUUUGUGGUGCAGAGGCACGAUGAAGGAUUGACAGUGCCACUUGAAAUACUUUACCUAAAUCAAAACUAGCUCGAAGACCUCUGGUCAAAACAUUUGCAUCUGACUGAAUGCAAAACUAAUAGGCUCCAUCUGGCAGAAUUCGCCAGCAGCAAGCGCACAUUCAUUCAACACUGUGGAAAGUUGGGGAGUCACUUAAAGCAAAAGGGAACGAACUGACCAGAUUGGAUUCAGUGUGCCAUUGUUUUCCGCCUACCCCAGUGGGAUGGUGCUGCAUGACAGUGAGGGCAUGGCACCGUAGCCCUCCUCUGUUUCCCAUCUCACUUAAUCAGACACCAUCACACAAGCCCAGUGCAGUGGACCACAGAGAACAGUAUUCCCCUCCAUGAGCAACUUUGUAUAAACUCAACAUGAGUGCCUCAGGUGAGAGUGCCCUUGACCCUGCCACCCCAGAGUCACGCAAAAGAAAGGGCUCACCGUGUGACACAUCUGGUUCAAGUGUGGAAAAGCGGUGGCGGGAGCUGGAAUGCCGAUACAUCGACCAGCUGGCAGAGCUGCUUUCGGCUAACAUGGGUGACCUGGCCAGCCUCAGUGUAAAGCCAGACAAAUGCCACAUCCUCAAGAGCACGGUGGAUCAGAUCCAGCAGAUCAAACGCCGAGAGCAGGAAAAAAUAGCUCUGAUGUCCCCAGAUAACGAGGUGCAGAAGAGUGAUGUAUCCUCCAGCAGUCACAAUAUACUGGAAAAGGAGGCUCUGGGCCCUCUUCUUCUUGAGGCAUUGGACGGCUUCUUCUUUGUGGUGAACCGUGAAGGCAGAAUUGUGUUUGUGUCAGAGAACGUCACCAACUACCUUGGUUACGCUCAGGAGGAGCUGAUGACCUCAAGUGUCUACAGCAUCCUGCAUGUUGGUGACCACAACGAGUUUGUGCGCAACUUGCUACCCAAGAGCCUUGUGAAUGGGGUGCCAUGGCCGCAGGAGCAGGGUCGACGGAACAGCCACACGUUUAACUGCAGAUUGCUGAGGAGACCUCCGGAUGAGGCGGAUGCAGAAAACCAGGAGGCGAGGCAACAGUAUGAGCCCAUGCAGUGUUUCACCGUGUCCCAGCCUAGAGCAAUGCAGGAAGAGGGUGAAGACUUGCAAAGCUGCCUUAUCUGCAUAGCGUGCCGCACGCCCCGUCCACCGCCAAUCCCUGUCAGCGCGGAAUCCUUCAUAACCAAGCAAGACCCCACAGGGAAAAUUAUCUCUAUUGAGACAAGUUCUCUAAGAGCCACAGGCCGGCCAGGCUGGGAGGACCUGGUCAGGAAGUGCAUCUAUGCAUUUUUCCAGCCUCAGGGCAGAGAACCCUCCCAUGCCAAAAAGCUGCUACAAGAGGUGAUGACCCAUGGCACGGCUGUCAGCCCUUUGUACCGUUUCACACUCAGUGAUGGGACACCUCUAAGCGCACAGACGCGCUGCAAGUUCUGCUGCCCUCCCAAGCCCGAUGUACAGCCCUUCAUCAUGGGCAUUCACACUAUCGACAGGGAACACAACACUGCUAGCUCUCAGGAAAACACUACCCCUAGCCUCAUGUCCCCCUCGGCCACCCCUACCCGCUCCCCUGCCCUGCAACCCCCUAGUGAACUAAGCCUGCUUCACAGCAAUGCUAACGGAUCCACACCUACACCUGGUACAGCCAUGCCCAGCCGGGUUGCCCCGCCGCACCAAGGCAGUAGCUCGUCUCCACUGGGCAGCCCGCCCUCAGCAACCCCUACCUCAUUCAUGUCUCCUCGUCCUCCACGUGCCAGCCCAGGCCUGGCAAACAGCCCACGCAUCCCAGGCUACCCUUUCUCACCCUCAACACCUAGCAUCCACUCUCCUGCCGGCACCCUGACCCGGCAGCAGUCGGGUGGUGAUGGUACUUCUUUCUCUCUACCUUCCCCUCUGCCCAGGCAGACUCCCACACCUAGCAGCUCACCCGCUCGCCCUCCUCCAGCCAAGCCACCUGAGCCUGGCCCCAAUGAGGAGCCCAAGAGCACCAACCCCAAACUUAACCAACUUCUAGAUGGCACCACAGACCAUGUACCCUCUCCUCCCUCCCAGACUCGCUUUGCAACUACUGGCCAGUGCCCAGCAUCCCAUAGCACACUAACCGAACGUCACAAGAUCCUGCACCGGCUGCUCCAGGACAACAGCCCCGCUGACAGUGAGCCAGAGAUCAAGAAGGAGCAACCAGCAAACAGCCCAAGUACCAGCCCAGGCCUACCUGGCAUGGGAAACAGCAAGCAACAGCUACAACAGCAGCCAGAUCACCAGCUGCUGCGCUUCCUGCUUGAUACAGAUGAAAAGGACUUGGAGGACCUGCCGCCGCCUGUAGCAUUUGGCCUUCACACAGUGCGUGCCAAAAUCGAGAAGAAAUUGACUGGAGACUGUGGCCAGUGUACUUCUGCUCCUGCAGCACUGCCUGAUCCUGCAGUCACCUGCUCACCCAUAUCUGCAGAAAAAAUAAACCCGCAGUUUUCGAGUGCUGAUCUAGAUACGCUGAACCAACUGCUGCCCACUCCAAGGGGCCCUGUGGGUGGAAAGUCAGCGGAUGAGUCAGGGCUGCCUCAGCUAGCAGACGACAUCCCCAUUGGAGUGAGCAUGAAACACGAGCCAUCAGGAACGCCCAGCCAAGUGUUUCCUGAUGGCUCAAGCCUCCAGAGUCAGUCUCCUUUUGACUUCUGUAGCCCCUCCACACCCACUCAGUCUCAGACUCAAGGGCCAGGACAGACCCUGGGACAGACUGAUGCUUUUCAGCCACCCAAAGAGAACAGCAGCCCUUUCACUGAUCCUACUAGCCUCAGCAUCUUUAAUGCCAGCACAGGAUUGGCCAAGCUGGAGCCUGACUCACAGCAGUUUCCGCCUUUGUCACUGGUUGACUCCAUGGCAUUAGAUGGCACUCUGGCCACCACGGCACAUGCUCCUAUGCCUUCACCACAAGAGCAGUGUGUUCCAUGUCCUUUGGAUGAAAUGUUGUGCCCACCAACUACUCCUGAGGCCCGCAAUGAUGAGAAGGCCCUGCUUGAACAGCUUGUGUCCUUCCUGAGUGGCACAGAUGAAAGUGAACUGGCUGAGCUUGACCGUGCACUGGGCAUUGACAAGAUUGUCCAGAGUGGCUGUCUUGAUCAGAUCACCCAGCGAUUUGCUCAACCCCAGCCCUCGACCCCGGGGGUUCCUAGCUACCCCUCACAAUUUCCCACCUCGCCAUCACAGUUCCCAAAUGGCACUACACAGGGAAUGACCUUUGGUGCAUCACGUGUUACCUUCCCGGGCAAUGUUAGUAUGAACUCGAUGCGGCCUGUCAUGAAUCGAACACCGGGGAUGCCCAGCCAGAUGCGUUUGCCGCCAAACCAAUUGAGGCUGCAGCUUCAGCAGCGUCUGCAGGGACCACAGCAGCUCCAGAACAGGCUGGCUGCAAUGAGCCAGUUCUCACAGGGUGGACCUGUGACAAUAGGGAUGAGGCAGGGCAUGCAGCAGCCCCAAAUGCCCACACAGCCUCCACUGAAUGCUCAGAUGCUUGCCCAGCGCCAGAGGGAGCUCUACAGUCAACAUCAUCGCCAGAAGCAGUUGCAAUUGCAGCAGCAGCAUAAACUCAUAAUGAUGAGACAGGGAAUGAGCCCGGGCUCCAUGGGAGCUCAGCGUGUACCUAAAGGCCCUCAGCAGCCACAGCAAACACAGCAGUUUGGCUAUCCUCCAGGUUACAACACUGUUCCUUCGAGCACCCCUACCUCUCCCAGCCACUUCAGCUCCAUGGGAACGGCACUGGACCCAAAGCUGACUGCCAGAGUGCCCAUGGCUAACCAAGGCAUGAUGGGAGGCCUGCAGGGGCAGUUUGGCGGAUCUGUGAACACUCAUAUUCAGCAGGGGCUUUUCCAGCAGUUUGGGGGUCCAGGCAUGGUCCAGCAAACUGAUCCAUCAUUCACUCCUGAGCUCGCUCCCACCAGCCCUUUGCUGUCACCAGACAACUCCAGCAACCAGAGUCCCCUGCUUCAGCAAAGCCAGCCCCCACCUGGUUACCAGUCACCUGACAUGAAGAACUGGCAGGGUGGCAUGACUAGCAGUCUAUAUAACCAGACUGGCCAGACAGGCUCACAAAACUUUGGCCAGCAGGGUGUGUACAACAACAUGAGCAUCACUGUUUCCAUGGCUGGAGGCUCUGGAGCUGUGAGUUCACUACCUCCUAUUGGAACGCCAGUCGGUAUUGGCAACAACAACCUCGGCAAUGUCAAUUCUAUGUGUAACGAUCAGGUACAACAGGUUCAAGUUAUUGCUGAUGUCCAGUGUACAGUAAACCUAGUGGGCAGUGAUUCCUACCUGAACCAGACAGGGCCAAUGGGGCCCCAGAAGUCCCAGAGUGGCACCAGCACCUCUCAGUCACAACAGAAAAGCCUCUUACAGCAGCUUCUGACAGAGUGACCCUAACACAUGACUGUUUAGGUGUCUUCAAAGCAUCAGGAUCUCUCUCCAUCACCUUGGGGUUUUAAUACAGUAAAAUCUGCCUGGAUCGGGAUGCAUGAGCCCAGGCCGAUGGGUUUUUGCAGUUUGUCAGACAGCUAAGGCAACGAUCAUUCCCGAUCACCUGCUUUUCAAAGUCUGCUUCCUGAACAGGGGUUACAAUCAAUACAUUAAUACGUUCCAGAAAUUUGCCAAGUUCUGUAAAAGGACCUGCUGCUGACAUCCCUCAUCAGGCCAUCGUUAAAGUGCUUCUUGGAAGACUGGACAUUUCAGAAACCAGGGUGGGCAGUUGCUGUUGUGUUGCAGUCAUGUGCCAGCCUCGGCCAAUGGGACAACAACGCUCAGGAGUGUUGGGGUAUUUUUCUGCGCAAUGUUUAGCUCAGUUUCAGCUGGAUCUGUGACUGAUAGGCUGUCCUGGAUGGUGGAAGGAGUUUCCCAGCUCAUGGUUAUUUGUUUUCUCUCUUUUUCCACUUGUUUUUAAUAGUUCUUGUUUUAUUGUCUGUUGUCAGAACAAGCAUUACCAGGUUGGGAGGCUGAGCACAUAUCUGCUGCAAGCUUUCCUGGGAGAACUUAGUUUGAUACAGCAGGUAUUUAAAAAAUCCUAAGCCUCCCACUCCUCCACCUGAAUCCUCAGCAGCUGUGAAUAUGGGCCACUUAUGGUUGCGUUAGCCUAUCAGUGUUGUUUGCCAUAUGUACUGUGCAGUUUGGUAUUAUUGUACAGCACAAAAGCGGACAAAGUUUGGGACAAGCUCACGCCCACUUUCUAAUUUCUUUGAGAAAAUUGAUAAAUCACUCUACAAGCAAACGUCAUUUUAAAUGCAGUGACGUCAUGGGUUCAAGACUGGCUCCUCAUUUAUAGCUUUGAGAAUAUGUAAUAUUUUUUUCCUCUUAAUUUUAAAAGAAUAAUGUAUAAAAUGUUAAAUCGUGUGUACUCAGUAUCAUUGCUGAAUAUUACCUGGGGAGGUGUCUGGGUCUCUGUUUAUGAAGAAAAGGUUGCGAGGUUCAGAUGAGGUGCAAAUAUCUAUAUAUUUUUUUCUGAUUGAUAUUGGUAUGCUUUGUGUUGUUGGCAUCUCAGUAUACGUUAUGAAACCCAAAUUUUAUUGUAUAGUACGUAUCAAGAUGAAGCUCAGAUAAUCUGAAAUGGUUUUGAUUAUUCAGCUGAGAUUACUAUUGUUUGAAAAUCUGCUCAAAAGUUGCUCUUUUCUGGCUCUAGAAGGACGUCUUUUUCUCUCUUCAUCAGCUGCGUCCUCCAGCUCUUUGGCUGCUCACGUGACUACUGUUUGCCCAGUCAGACACUGUUUCUCGUCAGCAUUGUCCUCACCUCAUUUGCUUUAUCCCCCUCCCCCCUUUUUUAGACUCCCCCAUGACAGUGAAGUACGUAGGCAGCAUUUUAACUUGGAAGUAAAAAGUGGUAUGAUAUCCAAUAUUACAUUGCAGAGUUCUGAGUUCAGCAGCAUAGCUCAUACAUCGGAAUCAGAUCAGUUAACCGGAAAUGUUUUACAGCCCAAAUUUGUUUGGCUGAACAAACAAACAAGGUAUUUUAGAAUUAACAUGCAUGACCAUCUCCUCAUUUCUCCUGCUAUUUUUCAUUCUAUGCCUUACAUCCUAAAACUGAUUUGUAUAACAUUUUGUGUAGUUUUUAUUUGUGUGUCUUUAUGGGUGUGCUGUGUAUACAAAGAAUUGCUCGUUUAGCUCAAGCCAACAUCAAGAACUGUUUUCUUCUAUUAGAAAUGCAUGUUGGUGGACAUUGAGGGCUUUUUCUUGGCCACUUUUUUGGUAAAAUGUACAUAUACAAAAAGUAAGUAGGUUUACAUGAGAUUCCAGCAAUCAUAUCAUAUAUGUAUUUCCCCUGCAAAACAAUGACUCUUCAUGUGUAAAAAGAAUAAUAAUAAUAAUAAUCACACUUAUUAAGAAUGAAUUUCUAACAUGCCUGUGAUAUUUAUUUACGCCCUAGACAGGCAUUCCUGUAUAAUGAAGUUUUAUGCGCUAGUUACUUCGAUCGUUUUCUUUUUCUUUGCCCUGGUAACCAACCCUUCUUUGCACCAUUGCUGUCAUACAGUACCUUUAUGCCAAAUAUGCCGCACUAUUAAACAGUGCCUAUUAACAAUGGGUUAUUCAGUAAACUCUUGGUCAGUUCCACACCCAGGUACAAUGGAAUUAGCCUGGUUCAACAUGUUUAUCAUGUAUAUAACAGACAAAUGUGAAUAUGUAUCUGUUCUGAAUCAACAAUAUUGUAGUGCUCCAAGUUUGUGGUUAUAACUACUUGCUUCCAUUUAUUUUGGGUUUUUUGUUUGUUUGUUUGUUUUCCUUUUUGAUGUGUAUGGCUGUUUAAAAGUAUGUAUGUGUGAUUAAUACUGUAUAUCAGAUGUUUUAAAUGAAAACGUCCUGAUUUUUUUUCCUACUUUUUUUUUGUUCAAAUACCUGCAACUUCCUGUGGGUGCUCAGAUUGCUCUUUUAUGUGAGAGAAUGGUUUUAGCGACUGCUGAAUGUGACUUUACUGAGAGAGAAGCAGUGUGGACUGGCUUUUGUACGGGUUAAUUUAAAAAAAGGCCAUAUUAUUUAAUUUCUCUGUUGUCAAAGUUUUAAACAGCUCUGACAAAGUGGAACCUUGGUUUGAGGGGAACAGUGCUCAGGUAUUUCAGACAAAUUGCCACUUUUUUCCCUCCAAAAAUUAUGACCAAAGCUUCAUGGUAUACACAAAACAACAACAACAAAAAUUAUGCAACGCUCAUGCAAUUGGAUAGAAUUAAUGUAGCAUUGUUCAUCCUGACUAGAUGUCCCAUAUUAAGCAUGUUUUAUUGAUAACACUACCGUUCCGUAGCACACUUUGUGCUGUUUGUUGCCUGUUUCUUUUGUCUGUUUUUUGACAUCACGGCUUAGAGUCAAAGAUUCUGUACAGAUACGUAUUUGUACUCAAACACAAUGCAGAGAUCACUAGGCAGGAAGUUUAGUCACUGUAUUCAGAAGGAGAAAUGUACUACAGCUAGCUAUGCACCUUAAAUAAACUCUUUCUCGUUUCUGAUCCAAAACCCAGUCAUUUAAUACAGUACGUUGAGACUGCUAGUCUACGUAUGAAUAUGUGUGUUACCUUCUAUUUUUCUUAAGGAAAUACCGGAUUUCUAGUUUUAAUUAUGGUUAUGGGCUAAAAUUACUGAUGCAAGUAUUCUUAAAUAGUUCACUUUAUUUGAACUUAAUACCAAAAUUGAGGUGCCUCUUGUAUAUAUUUUUGCAGAGAGACUGCUCCUGUUUAAGGACUUUUCUUGUCGACAGCAAUUUUCUUAAUCUUUGUAAGACAUGUUUGCUGUAUUUUGCAUGCUUUUUUACUCAAAAUAUUCCAGGAAUUUGCAAGGAAUACAAUCUAGUUUUGCACUUUAUAUUUCAAUUCAAAGGAAAGAGGCCAUGGCAAAGAUGCACGAUUAAAAUCCACCCUACUACAUUAAUAACGAAAUGCCCCCUGAAUGUAUUGUGAUAGUGCCCUAUUGCUUUUUGAUGUGAAAUAGGAAGCUUUCUCAGGUUUCUCAGAGAGAACUUGGCAGUAGCCCCUUGUUCUUUAUUUUCUUGUUAAUUGCUGCAGAGUCUCGGUUUUAAACUAUGCCGAUCUACUUCAGGUGCUCCAGUUCCCCCUCUCCCUUCUCUCACACUCCCGUCAAUACCUCUUCAAGCUUUCACUUUUCAAGACAUUCCUCAUAUAGCUCUAGUCUAUCACAGUGUUGUAAAAUAGUUUUUAAAAUGAAGCCCAUACAGUGCCAAGCUCGAAUAAACAUUUAUGCAAAAUUCUGUACCAGCUUUCUUGCUCGUUACUAUUCUGUAUAGCAGUCUGUUUUAAAAAAUUGGUUCCAUAUGCAUCUGUGUAACAUUCAGGUUUCACCACUCUACUGUAUCACUGUAAUUGCUACUGUUUCUGAGGUGUGUUCCCAAGUAUUAUUAAUGCUGCCUUAUUCAAAUGGACGUCGGUCACAGUGGCAAGAGGGUUGUUUUUUUGUUUUUUUAUUUUUAUUUUUUGCUAAGCUUGCAGCUCUAUUAAAACAGCAAUGGUCACUUAAAACAAGGUUCCACUUUGCAACUGUAAAAUUAAUAUAAAUAAGUAUAAAUAUAUAUGACUAUAUACAUUUUACUCAUAUUGUCCAGUUUUGUAUAAUACUUGUGAACCCUUUCACCUGGAGAAGCAUCAUUUCAGCUGUGUUGGGACAUUAUGAAUGAAGAUGUCUGGGAAACUUCUGCAUGUUAUCGAGUUGUUUUUAUUUCUGUUUGGUUGCUUUCUGUUUUUCAUUCUUGUUGUGUCCAGUGUCUGUUGGGGAGGGAGGGGGGGAAUCGUUGUAGACAAUCAGUUACAUGCUGGGUCCAGCACCUGCAGGGCUGUCCUGUGGGCUGCAACUUUGUUUUUCUCAUCUACUUCAGUCUUAUUUCUUUUUGUCCAUGUCAUGGAAAAUAUGUGGCUGCUCAAACUGAACAAGUUUACACAUGUAUGCAUACAAACAUACAUACAUCCACACACAACAUCCACACCUCAUGCAUAUGGCCCCUUUCUGUUGCUUGUCCAAGGUGAAGAUGCAGACCUUGAAGGAAGUGAUGCUUUUUGACUAACAAAUCUCUAUAACAUCCAUGAAUGUGAGAAUGCAACACAUUGCAAUAAAAGCACCAUGUAAAAACUUCUAACCCUC